GUCAAGUGGCGGAGUCGUUCUAUGUUAUAGAUUUUCGUCUCUCCUCAGGGAUGCGAAGAACAUAGACUCCCAAAUAGCAAAUUUCCUGUCUUGCCCGACCGGCCACUUCAGCAUCCUCUGCUCCAAAAGUACAUUCAUCUACGAACAACCAAAAUCUGUCUGUCUUUAUUUCUUGGUUCUUGGGAAGGGGCAGAGAGAGGGGGUGUGUCUGCAUCAGAGACUUGAUUUUCUGGGUUUCUGCUCCUCUCCCGCUUGGUUCUUUUGACACUGUAAUCUAUGACUAAAUUGAGGAAUUGCUUGGCUCUGGACUUAAUCAUCCUCAAUGUAGCUCUUGCCUCCAUCAAUGGAUUUCUUGCCAUCGUUGCAUUUGCUCAGCUGAUGAGGAUUCAUAUGAGAAAUCAACAAGAUGGUUGGACUCGUCAAAAAGUACUUCAUCUCAUGGUUGGAUUUUCCAAUUUAGGGUACUUUAUAUAUUUUGCUUCUACCAUUGUUGCUACUUGUAAUGGGUGGAACUGUUGGUCUCAUGCUUGUGGUUUCAUCCUUAUGGCCUCCCCAAGAGUUCUGUUUUUGGCAGUAUUUCUUCUUCUGUUGUCAUUCUGGGUGGACCUCUGCCAUCAGGCAAAUGAAGAAGAUGAAGAAGAAGAUGAUGAUCAAAAUAGCAUCAGCCAGGCCUUGUUGGUAAUUCUGAAGAGAGAACCUGGUUCACAUCAUGUGAAAGACUGUAGGAGAUGCUGCUUCCAAGGCGUUCAUGUUGGUAGCCGGCAAAAAUAUGUCAUCAUGAUUGUUGCUAUGAUCUUUCUUAUGAUGAUGGCAUUUACCAUGAUGAUCUGGAUUGGUGCUGGAGAAAAUCCGAUAAACCCUUCUGUAAUUGCUGAGGUAUAUGAAAAAGUUCUUGCAGUAAUGACCCUUAUAUUAGCUGCUGCGUUAGGCCGCUAUGGCUUCCUUCUAUUCUUCAAAUUGAGGAAAGUGCGUUCUGAGAAAGCUUCAUCAGAAAUGUGGAAGAUUGGCUGCCAUAUGCAGGUUGCCAGUUUAGCAACUGUUUCCGUGAUGUGUUAUUGUCAAGUGCGUUUGUAGCUUUUCUCACAGAUAUUCCUCUUUUCUACCAUUGGCAUCUGAGGCUCAUGUAUGGUGUCAAGGCUUUAGUUCUCUCGAUCUUCUACUAUUUUGUAGGUUCUUCUUUCCCAUCAGCCUAUAUGUUAUGGAUUAUCAGAGAAUUACCACCUCCAAAGUCAAAUUAUAUACAAGAACAGCCAAGAGCAUUUGCUUACGUUAGCCAAGGGCUUCCCAGCACAAAUCCACCUGGGUACUGGACCGCUGCAACAAGUUCAACGAAUCAGGGAUCCAAAGCAAGUCCUAUAUGAGUAUUUUGUGAAUGGCUGUGCUUUUCAAUGUUCCAAAUGCUGAAGAAAAAAAUUGAAUGACAUACACGCCCUCCCUCACUAGUACAUAAUAAUAUGCAAUUCAGAUUUUGAUCCCCUUCCUAAAAAGUUUCUUGAAAUGAAGAUGUUUGAGCCAUUAGAUCGUAU